UCCAACACUACUCCGUGAUCUUACAGAUUACACGCGACAGAGAGAUAGAGUUGUUGUUCUAUUUCUACAUUCGAAUUCCAUGGCGAAUGGGUAACGAAACCAAAUAAGCCAUAGCCAUAAAUAACUGUUAAAAAUGCUUCUAACUCACAUUCACGUUUUCUCUCCCUUCACACGUUUCACUUAUGCACUUCAUGCCUCGCCCGUCCGUGCCUCUUCCGCUCCAACACGGCGUCGUUUGGUCAAAACCGCCGCUCCUCAGGAACCGAAGAAUCUCCGGCACCUCACUUCGCGCAUUGUUCAACUCACUCGCCGAAAACAGCUCCGCCAGAUUUUGGAUGAGGUUGAGGUUGCGAAGAAGCAUUUCGGGAAGCUGAACUCGAUUGUGAUGAACGCGGUGGUGGAGGCUUGUGUUCGAUGCGGCGACAUCGAUUCGGCAAUUAGAAUAUUCGAUGAGAUGAAAAAGCGCGAUGGUUGUGGUGUGGAUACUGUCACGUAUGCCACGCUUUUGAAGGGAUUAGGUGAGGCACGAAGAGUUGAUGAGGCUUUUGAAUUGCUUGAAACUGUGGAAAAUGGCACUGCCACAGGAAGUCCAAACUUGUCAGCUCCAUUGAUCUUUGGUCUGCUAAAUGCCUUAAUCAAAACAGGAGACUUGCGUCGUGCAAAUGGUCUCCUUGCUCGUUAUGGUUUUGUGCUUCGUGAAGGUGGCAAUUUUUCAGUCUCAGUAUACAACAUACUAAUGAAGGGCUACAUAAACUCUGGUUGUCCACACACUGCCAUAAACAUGCUCAAUGAAAUUUUACGUCAAGGCAUAAUGCCUGACAGGCUCACAUAUAACACACUAAUUUUAGCAUGUGUCCAGAGUGGAAAGUUGGAUGCUGCAAUGCAAUUUUUUGAGGAAAUGAAGGGUAAAGCUCAGAAGUUCAGCAAUCAUGAUCUGUUUCCAGAUAUUGUUACAUAUACAACAAUGCUUAAGGGUUUUGGGCAGACUAAGGAUCUCGCUACAGUUCUGAAAAUAGUGUUGGAAAUGAAGUCUCAUCGUGAAUUAUACAUUGAUAGAACUGCUUACACUGCAAUAAUUGAUGCUUUUCUAAAAUGUGGCUCAGUUAAGGGUGCUCUGUGUAUUUUUGGAGAAAUAUUGAAGCAGACUGGUCUGAAUCCAGAGUUGAAGCCAAAGCCUCACCUCUAUCUUUCCUUGAUGCGUGCCUUUGCUUUUCUAGGAGAUUAUUAUCUCGUUAAAAAAUUGCAUAAACGGAUUUGGCCUGAUUCAGCAGGAACCAUAUUAUUAGUUGCUCAAGAAGAAGCUGAUCACCUUCUCAUGGAAGCAGCACUGAAUGCUGGUCAGGUUAAUGUUGCCGUUAAAACUCUUACUGAGAUUGUUUCAAAAUGGAAGGGCAUAUCCUGGACAAGUCGUGGGGGCAUGGUUGCUUAUCGUAUUGAGGCCUUGUUGGGAUUCUCAAAGUCAUUAUUCAGUCCUCACUUACUUCCUCAGGUUUCACCUUCUGAACCGGUUGAGAAUUAUAUGAUACAAUUUGAAGCAACACGGCCACUACAAGGUUCCAUAAAGCUGAGGAAAGUGGUUAUGCGUUUUUUUUAUGAAGCAGUUGUUCCUAUUGUAGAUGAGUGGGGCAGUUGUACAGGGCUGUUACAUCGUGAAGACUGCAUAGAGUUGGAUGCUCCACUUACAACAAUGAUGAGAAGUCCUCCUCCCACUGUUACGACUUCAACAUCUAUUGGUCAUGUAGUUGAUUUAAUUUUAGAGAAGCGAUACCCAAUGAUUAUUGUUGUAAAUUACAGAAAUUCAUAUGCUACUACUCCAUACAGCUCAAGAGCAGUUGGAGUUUUUACAUCAGAACAGUUGAGUAGGUUUAUCACACCUGUAUCUCAAGUAAAAGGGACAGACCUUUAGUCUACAAAAGGUAAAUAUAACAUGUUUAGCUUUACCAUAAUGCCAA